AUGGAAAGUCGAACAAGGAAAUUAAAAUUUUUAUUUCUCAAUUGUUGGAAAAAUGUUAACUUACAAGAAAAAAAUUAUAAAUCAAGACAGAUUGAAAUGGGCAACCUAAAACAGGUGUCAGCAUAUGAUAAUAAAGCAUUUGAGAAUGAUAACCAAGUGCGUCAUAAAGUAAAUAUUAUUGAUCCCAAUACAUACGCUAUUAAAUUAGAAGAGUUACGUCCCCAUAUAGAAACAUUAAUGACAGUAUUAGGUGAUGUUCGGACAAAAUUACGUGCUAUGGAAGAAACAGAUCCUAGAGUUCCUACCUACAAAGGUGUGAUACAUCAGUUAUGUAGAGUUUUAGUUUUAUUACAUAAAAAAGAUUCUACUACUAGUAUACCAUCAGAUGCCUUAGGUUUAUUUGAAUGGGCUCAACAGAUGUUAGAUGAUCAUAGAGCUCAAAAUGAGGAUGAGAAUUAUACUAGUAGUAAUAAUGAAGCACCUAUUAAUAGAAUCUCCUAUAUAGAUGUUGAUUUAGAGAGAACACCAGUAUAUGCUACACCACAUAACCAUACAACUUCUACGUCCAAUCAGCUAGAUACCCUAGAUACAUCUGGUUAUUAUAGUAGUGUACCGGUACCGUUAGAUAUGACCAAUAAUAACUAUGCUACUAUCAAUAGAAGUACUGCUCAUUCCAACAAUAACAAUAGAAACAUUUACUCUAAAACUAAUAAUGUGAAAAAAUUAGUGAACAAUGUAAAAGGACGAGGAACUGUACCUCAAAUGGGAUAUUUUUCUAAUGGACGAUAUUAUGAUCCUAAUCCAAAUAAAGAUGUGUAUGCUCCUACAAGUUCUUAUAGUGAUAGAAGUACUGGUCCAUUAUCAACUUUUAUAGCUGAUAGACCCCAUUCAACAUCCCUAUCUUUAAAUGCUGAUUCUGAAGAAGGGAUUGAUACAGAAGAUGAUGGUCAACUGGAUGUAUUUCCAUUUGAUCCUAAAGAUGCUACAGAGCCAGUUGAAGUCUGA